GUGUCCUGUGUAUAACAACCCGGUUUUCUGCUUUUUUUUCUUUUCAGAUAUCAUCCUCAUAGCUGCAUAACCUACAAUUGUUACAUUUUACAGACUAUAGCUCAUACAUCGAUAUUAUAUCCUUUUCACUUACGAAUUGGGCUUGCAGAACCCAAGUUACCAGCAGUGAUUGAUAGCAAGCGAUGAAACAAAUUAAAGUGGUAGUGAUAGGGUGUCGCUCCGCGAUGCAUACGCAAAGCAAAGAUUCUAUUGUUCCGAAUAUAUCCCAUGGCAAUAAAAAAGUGCUAGUGCGAUGUGGAAUGCAAUCCUUACAUCAGGGAUAAUUUACACCGCUCAAAUGCAUGGGUUUUGGACGUAAUGCAGGCAGCAUUUUCCUGAACCCUCGUCACUACCAAAAAGUUACUAUUACCACGUCUCUUUUCUUUCUUCUCACAACAACGAAAAAGUUAUAAUUAUCAUGUCAGAAGCAGUUGCAGAUAUCGGUCUAAUUGGCUUGGCCGUCAUGGGCCAAAACUUGAUCUUGAAUAUGAACGACCAUGGAUUCAAGGUGUGUGCAUUUAACCGCACUGUAUCCAAGGUUGAUCACUUUUUGGAAAACGAAGCUAAAGGAACAAACGUUAUUGGUGCACACAAUGUUGAAGAGUUAUGCUCCAAACUCAAGCGACCACGAAAAAUCAUGUUGCUUGUAAAGGCUGGCUCAGCUGUCGAUGCUUUCAUUGAGACACUGUUGCCACAUUUGGAGCCAGGUGAUAUCAUCAUUGACGGUGGCAACUCGCAUUUCCCCGACACCAACCGUCGCUGCAAAGAGCUCGAAAAGAAGGGAAUUUUGUUUGUUGGUUCGGGUGUUUCAGGUGGCGAGGAAGGUGCUCGUCAUGGCCCUUCCUUGAUGCCUGGUGGUCAUCCCAAAGCAUGGCCCGAAAUCAAGUCUAUUUUCCAAGCUAUUGCUGCCAAGGCUCCCGAUGGUCAACCCUGCUGCGACUGGGUCGGUGAAGAUGGCGCCGGCCAUUACGUCAAGAUGGUUCACAACGGCAUUGAAUACGGUGAUAUGCAAUUGAUUUCCGAAGUCUACCACAUUCUGAAGGAGGGUCUUGGAAUCAAUGAUGACGAGAUGGCCGAUAUCUUUGAUGGCUGGAACAAGGAAGAACUCGACUCAUUUUUGAUUGAAAUCACCCGUGAUGUGCUGCGAUUCAAGGACACCGAUGGCUCCCCCUUGGUGGAAAAGAUCAUGGACAGGGCUGGCCAAAAAGGCACUGGCAAAUGGACCGCCAUCGACUCGCUUGACCGUGGUAUUCCUGUCACAUUGAUCGGCGAAGCUGUCUACUCUCGAUGUCUGUCGUCGCUCAAGGAAGAACGCACCCGUGCUUCCAAGAUCCUCAAGGGUCCUACCAACGUCAAGUUCCAGGGUGACAAGCAAAACUUUGUCAAGCAGCUCGGCAGUGCGCUCUAUGCGUCCAAGAUCGUCUCGUACGCUCAAGGUUUCAUGCUGAUGCGCCAAGCUGCUCAAGAAUUUGGCUGGAACUUGAACUAUGCCGGUAUUGCCUUGAUGUGGCGCGGUGGCUGCAUCAUCCGAUCCGUCUUUCUGGGCCAGAUUAAGGAUGCAUACACGAACAAUCCCAAGCUUGAAAAUUUGCUGUUUGAUCCGUUCUUCCAGGAAGCGUCUGCAAAGGCGCAAGACGCUUGGCGUGCAGUUGUUGGCACUGCCGCCACUUUGGGUAUUCCAACACCAGCUCAUUCUACUGCUUUGAGCUUCUACGAUGGCUUGCGACAUGAGCGUCUUCCUGCCAACAUGAUCCAGGCCCAGCGUGAUUACUUUGGUGCUCAUACCUAUGAGCUUCUUCAUGAGCCUGGAAAGUAUGUCCACACCAACUGGACUGGCACUGGCGGCAAUGUUUCCGCCUCCACUUACCAAGCUUAAAAAAUGAGAAUGAUAAAACACACUCUUGCAAAUUCAUUUUUCAAUAAAGUUAAAAACGAU